UCGGACAAGAUCUCAAACCAUUCACUGAUGUUUGACAACGCCCAUAGUGAUGAGGACUCUGGUACUGAGGAAGAGCAGGAUAAUUUCAUGAAUGAACUUGAACGAUUCCACAAGGAUAAUUCAAUGGAAUUCAGGCCCCCAAAGUUCUAUGGCGAAGGGUUGAAUUACCUUAAGUUGUGGAGAAAGGUGAAGAAAUUGGGUGGGUAUAAACAGGUAACAUUAAGCAGAAAGUGGCGCCAAGUGGGAGAGUCUUUUAAACCACCAAAGACAUGCACAAAUGUUUCAUGGUCCUUUCAUAACUUCUACAAGAAGAUGAGUGAGACAAGUGUGCUUGGAAGAUUUCAAAGGGAGUCUGCAACUCUUGCAAUCCAAAGAUGUCAUUAUCAGAGAUCGCCACGAAAUGUUUCACUGAAGAGGAAAACGGUGUCAACCAUUGAAGAUGAUAAAGACUUACAACACAGAGUUGAUAAUAUACAAAGUAACUCAACAAUCAUCGAUAUGGGAUCUCGAGCUGAUUGGGUGAAGAUAAAUGUUCUUAUAUCUAAAUAUCAGUAUCAAGUAUAUGCAUUAGUUCCUGGUCUUCUGCGUGAAGAGCUUCAAGUUCUUUCAGAUCCCGUCGGUCGUUUAAUAAUUACUGGAGAGCCUACACAACUAGACAAUCCAUGGGGUGUUACUCGCUUCCAGAAGGUAAUUCACUUGCCCUCUCGCAUCGAUCCCAACACAACCUUGGCAAAUCUUGGCCAGUAUGGGCGUUUAUAUGUUUGUGGCGCAUUUGAGAAGUCAUCAUCAUAA